AGUUCAGUGAACCGGAAGUAGUGGUUAACGUUUACGCUAGGGAAGAAGAAAGAAGAAAAACUAGUAUCGUAGAAAUCUCGCAGCGCAAAUUUAAACCAUCAGCUAAUAUACGUUUGAAAGGGUUUUCAUCUAUAAAAUAUAACUAACUGAUAUCCAGAUGCUGGGUACGCGAGGCAGAGUUACUCUCUCGUCUCUUGCUAGCUACAUUUUUGUACUGAUAGUAGCCAUAACAUUGUAGCAACUCCAGUGUCCUCCGUGGACACGUUGUCUUUAAAGUGAAGCGCAGCGCAAGAUUCAUUGUUGGUAUUGAGACGAGCAAGGUUUUUGUAAAAACAUGAAGCCUCAGUUGAAAACUAAAACAAGCAAGGAGACUUUGUUGUCGGUCCAAGCUCGCACCUCGAAAUCCGUUGAAGAGGGGGAGGUGUCUCUCUCUUUUCAGGACGAGCUAGCGGCGACAAUACACGGUGCAUUUGAAGUGGCCGUGGAAAUCGCCGUACUAGAAGUCACUAAACUGGUGGGGCAGGCGCUUGGUGAUGUCCGCGACCAGAUGCACGAAACCCUACGAGAAAACAAGUCUCUAAAACAGCGCUUGGAAACAGCGGAGCAAGAGUUGGAUGCAGCGCGUGAACGGGUGGCAAAGAGAGAUGUAAGUGAGCUGGGACAAUUGUCUGCUAGUCCUCCUCAAAACAACAAUCCAAACGCCGCAAUAAAGGCUCAUAAGCAGUCAAAAGACAGUGAAUUAAAGAUGAAGUGCUCGUAUUCAGUGGACGAAUAUGGCUAUGCAAUUGUGGAGGCUGAGGUCAGCAAUGAACCGAUGCACAACGGUUCUUUCAGUGAAAUUAAUGAGGACGGUCGGGUCUAUUCCCAAGACAUAAAUCCAGCUUCAAGAGGAGAGUCGAUCCCCGCCGCUGACCACGACCCGCUUAAAGAAGGUACCCCGAGUUCGUGUAUAGACGUCAAGGCCAGGGAAGAAAGCAUCAGUCACACAAGUAAAGAAGCAUUAUUUGGAGUCCACGACCCGUCAGCACUUCACAGAGUGGCCCAGAACCUGGAGAUUGAGUAUGUUCGAGUGAAGGAGGAGAAGGAAAUUAUGGACAGCGGGUCUCGAUCCGGUUCUGGCUGCAGUUUCGACUCGCUGGUAGAAGAUGACCUGGGUCCAGACAGUUUGUCUUUGGUUCAGUCUAAGAUGUUAGAGGAGUGGAAACCAGACCCUUUGGAUUUACAGAUCUCAGACUCUCCAGUUCCUGGAACCAGCCACACUCUAUCUCACACUCCCAUGGUCCAUCCAGAGGUACCACAGUUGACUUCCCCGAAAGCCAGCGCCCUCCCGGCCUUCUCCUCCCAAUUCCCCAACAGCAUCUUCCAUCACGGGGAGGCAGGUGCCCCCAUCGUCCCCUCCGCCCCGCCGCAGAUCUACGGGGUCCAGGUCAGAACGCCGCGGGCGCACGACCCCGCCGCCGGCCUGCCCGGCCACGUCUGUAAGCUCUGCGGCCAGGCCUUCCACCAGCCCAGCGAGCUCCGGAGGCACCACAGCCGGGCGCACCCCAAGAGGCAGAACUUCCCCCCGGGUCAGAGCCCAUACCACUGCAGCGAGUGUGGCCGUGACUUCAACCGCCUGGAGAACCUGAAGACCCACCUGAGGAUCCACACGGGGGAGAGACCGUACACCUGCUCUGUGUGCUCCAUGCGCUUCCGCCACUCGGGGGCGCUCACCAGGCACUUCCGCAUCCACACCGGGGAGAAGCCGUACGCUUGCGUCCAGUGUGGGAAGACAUUUCGGAACUGUGGGGGGCUACGGUUUCACCAGCGCUCCCACGGCAGACAGGGACAGAGCUAGCGUGGCCGUUUUGGUCAGGGAACGGCGGUGUGGCUACGGUUUCACCAGCGCUCCCACGGCAGACAGGGACAGAGCUAGCGUGGCCGUUUUGGUCAGGGAACGGCGGUGUGGCUACGGUUUCACCAGCGCUCCCACGGCAGACAGGGACAGAGCUAGCGUGGCCGUUUUGGUCAGGGAACGGCGGUGUGGCUACGGUUUCACCAGCGCUCCCACGGCAGACAGGGACAGAGCUAGCAUGGCCGUUUUAGUCAGGGAACGGUGGUGUGGCUACGGUUUCACCAGCGCUCCCACGGCAGACAGGGACAGAGCUAGCGUGGCCGUUUUGGUCAGGGAACGGCGAUGUGGCUACGGCGACGCUCCGCAUCUGUUUUUGCCACAGUUGCCAGACUCAUUGGUACAGGCCGGUGUUGUUUAUCGAGUGCUCUGGUCCCGGGUUUGCAAGAUUGAGACAUUAAACUUGGCGAGCCCUUACCACCA